AUGUUAUGCAAGUUAAAAGAAUCAAUAAAGAGAAGUAAAGUGAUCAACAAUGAUGAUAAAACAGUAAUAUUACAGGAGAUUCCAGUAAUGAAGUCUGUACUUGAAGAAGUUGUACAAGAUUUGCGAGGCAAAACAUCUGGGAAAGAUUCUGGAUAUGCAUCAUCUCCAGGUGAAACAUCUGUUCCUUUAAAUGCAGGAGAUCCUGGAUAUGAGUCUGAGGAAGAUUCUGGAUAUAACAGUCGCUCAUCCACUCCGAUCAAAUUGCCAAAUUCACUAUUGACAGAAUCUUAUGAACGUAGUCAGAGUGAAGAAGCUCAAGAAGUGCGCCGAGAAUGCGGUGAAGACUUGAAAAUUAUUACUCCAGGAAUUCGUAUAGAUCCAGGUCAUGACGACCAAAAAAGAACAGCAACACCAAGAGAAGCAAUAAAUUUAGGAGCUGAUUAUAUCGUCAUUGGCAGACCCGAGUUUCAUGGAUUGAGUUGGAAGUUGUUGUUUGGUGGUAAAGCAAAUGCUACUCAACAAAAUACAUCGCAGCAAGAGAAGUCUUCAGGCAAUGAGAGACAGGAUCCUGCUCAAGCACAAUCAAAAUGUACUACAACACCAAAAACUCUAGAUGAAGUUAAUCUUGAUCAGCCAAUACCAACAGUACCAAAAACUCCUGGUGGUGAUAACUCUGUUAAUCAACCAACACCACUGCCAUUAGAUAAUAUAUCUAACAAGCCAUUUGAAGCUCCAACGUUGGAGCAACCUAAGCCCAAUACUACUGGUAAUAACGUAACACAACAAGUGGUUAACAAUGACAGCAAUAGGGAAGCCACUGCUGAAGUAAAACAAGCGUCAAGCUCAACAACUGAUGGUCUAACAGAAUUACCUGGAGUUAAUUCAAUUCAAGAAUUAUCAACUCCUAAUAAUGAGCCUGUUAAAAUAGAUACUCCUGAUCAACCAACACUAUCGGCAGUGCCAGGUAAGUCUCAAGAACCUGUGGUCAAUCCACCUAAAACAGAGGAAAAAGGUAAACCUAAUGAUGCUGCUAGUAACGAGGAAGUACAAUCAGAGGUUAGCAACAAGGAUGUUGAUUCCAAAGUAGGAUUAGGUUCAGAGGUAUCAGACAAUGAAGGAUUUGAAGAUGCUAUUAAGCAAUCAAAAUCACUGGAAGUUCAAGAAGAUGAAGUUGCUAAUGACAUGCAAAAUCAUGGUCAUUCACAAAACUCAAACGGUAUGGCAGGUCCGUUGGCUAAACCUGAUCAAGAGUCUAGUGAUGAGCCUAAUCAGUCAAGUUUUGAUAAUAAAUCUGUUAAAGAUGAUGAUAAAGAGGCUAAUAAUCCUCAACCUGAAAUCUCUGCAAAUGGUAGUGCACCAACUGAUAGCUCGAGUUUCGACAUUGUUUCUAGCCAAGAGACAACACCAGAUGAGUUGCAAGAACCUGAUGAAGAUAAAGAACUAACUAGACAAUUAUAA